CAGGCUGGGAGUUGUAGUCCGCAUGUGAGGGGCUUGCCCGUUGCGAUGAUGCAGGACGAUGGAACGUAGGAACGGUCGCAACGYCCCAGAGGAGAGGGUCUGUCCCACAGACAGGAGAGGAGCGUGUCCCUCUUCUGCCAGGCCGAYCGCGACCCUCGGGCUGAGAGUGACCGGCUCUGCUGUCCCCGGUAUCGGCUUGGGGACUUUGGCUGCGCAGAGCCACCUUCCUCUCCCGGUGCAGCAGGACCGGGAACUGCGGAGUCAAAUCCAGGGUGAKCCGCCCGCCUUCCUCGGGCAUUGCAAAAACAAACAUGUUUUCUAUUAUACAGCGAUGCUGCCUCAACACGCCUUUCAAACUCCAGAAGUUAACUGGUCCCAGACUGCUGCUCUAUGGGAAGAAUAAGACAACCUGGUCUUCCUCUGCCCUCCAGCUGCGGAGAGAUGUGUGUCCUCUCUCAACAUCUCUGAGCCUCAAACCAGCAUCAUUUUACACAGCCAAGCUCCAGGCUUUUCACACCUCUCGCCCUAUCUUUGAGAAGAAGGAAUGUGAGGCAGAAUCGCAAAAAAGCCUGGAAUCACUGAAAUAUUCUCCCAAGCCAGCCCUUUACUUAAGCCUUGGGGGACUAGUUCCCUAUGUGGGCGUGCCCCUGACCAUGAUCGUCCAGGGGACCUACAGCCCGGAGCUGGCCUUUGCUCUGGUUGCCUAUGGUGCUGCAUCGGCAUCUUUCCUAGGGGGAAUGAGGUGGGGGUUUGCCCUCCCGGAAAACAGCCCAGCCAAGCCAGACUGGCUGAACCUGGCUAAUGGCAUAAUUCCUCCUCUGCUUGCCUGGCAAGCCUUGCUUUUCCAAGAUAUCACUCAGGGAGCAGUAAUGAUUAUGCUGGCCCUAGGGAUAUCGCUGCACUAUGACAUUUCCCUUCUUCCUACUUAUCCCAGGUGGUUUAAAGCACUGAGGGUAAUGGGAACAGUGGUGAUGGUAUCAUCCCUAUUGGCCACUGUAGCACUGAGAGCUUUCUUAGAGGUGGAGUAAAGUGGUGACAGAAAAACAUGGCAGAACACAAAUUAAUAAUUUAAUAGGGAAGAGCUAUUAUCUACCAAUAAACUAUUUGUAUGGAGUUCCAGGAGAAAUAAAGACUGAUUUGUGCUUAGAAGUCAUAUGAUGGCAAGGAUCAAGAUGCUUAUUCUUGAAGCAAAAUGGUUUUCUGACUGAUUUUGAAGCUAGAUUGGGAGGGAAGGAUUUUAAAUAGCCAUGACUUCCAAGGUAAGCACGAGUCUGUCCUGAUCUGUAGAACAAAGAAUCACUCCUGAAUGAGAUGGGGAUUUAGAAUGGAGGUUCAAAAUGACAUAAGUAUGAAUUGGUCUAUGCUGAACUAUGAAAGCACCUGGUUUAGAUGUGUGAUUAAAAUUCUGAGGUGUGCAAAACAACAGUAAGAGGGUGAAAGCAGUUCUGUUUCACUCCUAUUUUCAGAGAAGGUGCUGAAAAUCASAGAUUYACAGAAUGGUUCAAGUUGGAAGGGACCUUAAAGAUCAUCUCGUUCCAACCCCCUGCAGUAUACAGGGAUAUAUUCCACUCAGUCAGGUUGCUCAAAGCCCCAUCCAGCCUGAACRCUUYCAGGGGUGCYGUGUGAGGAAGUGCUCAGUGCAGUGUCAGGUAAGAAAGGAAAGGUGAGAUUUGUUUGCAGUGGCAAGCCAAGUCACCACUCACCUGGAAUAUCUCACUCAGCUGCUGUUGCUGGAGUAGGGAAAAGCUGAAGGGGGAGCUUUGUAUCUUUGACAAGGUGCCACAGAAAACAGCAGGUCAACUUCCUGCUCAGGCUUACUGAAAUUAAAAAGGCUAUUUGGGCCACCUGUUCCUAGGUUUUGUUUUACACUGUGACACAAGGACUCAAGUGUUGGCAUUAAGGGAUCAGAUAAUGGGACUGAAAGUAGCUUCUGUCUUCUCCCUCCUGAGAGUCCACAUAUUUGGACAGGUACAAGUGGAGUUGUAGCCUGCAAACCCUCCAUGAUGGGCCUGUUACCRAAACCACUGCAGAAGCAUAUGCUCUUUCUCCUUAAUUCUUCCUAGCACAUAGUUUAGUGGAACAGUGGAAGACACAGCCUAAGUCACAUGGAUUUUCUUUUCUAGUGUCACCUACCUCAAGAAACCUAUGAAAUGGGUUGGGGGCCUAUUUCUUGUAAGCUUUUUAUCAGAAAUACUGAAGUACAGUUUAAGAUGCAAAAAGAAAGCUGAAAAUGACAUCMACACAUGGUCUUAGGACCAGAUAAUCCUCAUCGAUUUGUCUUCAUUGUUGUUCUACACUGAAUAAAGCAGGUAUUGUCUCUUAAAAUUUGUUACAUGUUCAUUCUGCAAAGAACAGAUUUUUAAGMAACCUGCSUGUUCUGGAGAUGGAGCCAUCUURURUGAUACUGCUGAAACAGCAGCUCUGUACACCAGCCUCUCCUUUUUGCAAUCUGUUAACCUUUGUAUGUUUAACAAUAUAUUAAACCGUUUUGGGUAUCAAUUGCUCUAUGCUGAACUAUGAAAGUACAGUAUAUUUUUGAGCUUUCUGAAUAUAAAGGAAAUGAAAUUGAGUUUGUGAAUGAAGAUGUUUUUUCUAUUCCUUCUUACUUAGACAUGGCAUUUUUAAGUCGCAUUUCCAUGUGACUUAGAGACGAGUCUUUGGCUUGAUUAGGUAAAAGAGGUUCUGAGGAUCAGAGAGGRUAAUCAACCAGCUUCUAAGUUUCAUUCAAAUAAGACAGAAUCAGUUACAAAACCUGGACAAGGUAACUUCRCACAACUGCAGACUCCCUCAAGCUCCAUUAAAGCAGGAAGUUUACAGGUAGGGAUCAGAAGUAAACUCCUAGUUCCCAAACUAAUUAAAUACAGCUAAGGUAGGGUUUCUCAAAUGUUUCCAUGAGGGAUCCUGAAAUGUAAAGAAAGCCCAAGAAAUAUUAMCUGUAAUUUCAUCCCAGAGAGGGCUGAAUAGAGCUGGCAAGGMAGCCAGUCUUGCCAAGAAGUCUGAGUGAUUUUACACCGAGAAGAGAAAUACAUGAGUAUUUGACUGCAGAAAUGUGUUGUUUCCACCACUUGGUCACAAUUUAUAAUCAAUCUUUUCCUAGUGUUCUACUGGGAAAUAGAAUUUCCAAUUAAAAAAAAAUACCUUUUACAUAAAAGUGGCAGUAAUAUACCUUACUAAGUUAUGAAAGCAAUCUAUUCAAGAGCAUUCUCAUCAGUUCUGAAAAUGGAUUUUAUUAUGAAAAACUAUUUGAACAAGCUUACACUUGAAAAAAAAACCUGAACCAACAUUUUAAUUCAGAUACAUAAGAAAUCCUUGAAGUAAAAGCACAUAAAAUUAUGGAACAAAGAAAUUCUCCAUCAUCUAGCAAGUUUUAGCCCAACCCUAUAUUAGAUUUUAGGACCUAGAUUCUUAAGGUACCCRCAACAUUCACCUUCAGAGGAUUUAUUAAUGUAUGAAUUAGUUAAUUUUAUACAGGGGAUAUUGACCUAAACAGCAUGAACACUCCUUUGUCUACACAGUGCCAGGCUUCCUGUUUGUGACAUCUCAGUUGUGGUUUUGUGUUCCAGAAUAACACUGUCUGUCAAAGCUCAAGCAGCCUCACUUCAGACUCCAUCCAAAGCAUCCACAGCUGUGCUGAAAAUGCCACCACAGUGUGCAAAAAGCAGCUUCAAAUACAUUAAUUAAAUGAAUCUAAAAAUAACUGCAAACUCCUGGUAGUAGUGUUCUACUAAGUGUAUCCAAGCUAAGUGCUCCUUAAGAGCACAUUGAUACCAUUGCUUUAAUGCUAAAUGUUGCUAAUCUAAUCACAGAAAGCUCCAUUGGCUCAAAUUUGGAUGAGGCAGGAUACAAGAUGUACUGAAGRUGAAGAAGUGUGCCUUGUAGAACAGCAAGUACUCAAUGCUAAGUCUCAGCAUGUGUCACACAGGGYAUAAACAAAUUUGACUAUGGGGAAAAAAUGGGAGUAAAAGGCUUUCCCUGUGUUUUCACACUAAGAGCAGUUCUAAACAGAAUAGCCAAUCUAAUGAAUAGCAUUUGCAUUUAAAAUUCACCAGAGCUUACACAAAAAGGUGCUCUACUGGCAUCACACACCACUGAGAAGAAAAGGCAGUGCUGAAGGGGAAUGGCAUUGUUAGAACUGUGAGGACACCCUCAAUAUUCAAAUUUGUGGAGGUGGUCAGAAAGUAAAGAUCCAAUWCAYAUUUAAUGCCCACCAUGUCCAGCAACAGAAAAGAGGCUCMAAUGCAWCAAGGCCAUAAUAGAGGCAUCAAGUCUUCCCCAUCUGUUAYCUUCCUUUUUUUCUGCCAGAAUAAGAACUCAUGCCAUCCAAAUCGCCCAUCUGAUCUUACCUACAGGUAACWCCUUGCUGUCGACAGUAACCUGCUUCCAGAUUUCAAGUCUGGCUAAAAUGCCAGCUGAGUAACAAUCUCAUAAUGUCUCUAACGUGCUGGAAUUAUUUCUUCAGAUUUUUACAGGGCAAAUCCACCAUUUAUUUCAGUGUGCUUAAUCCAGUUAUAAGAGGCAUUCCUACUCUUAACAGAAUACUUCCUGAGACAGACACUGGAUAAGCCAAUUUACUUUGAAGGGCUUUUUCUUUUGCUCAGGAAAAUCCCUCUGAUCUAAUUCUCCACUGAAGCUCCUGUGCUGUAAGAGGUUUCUGGCCAAUGAAACCRGAAAUCUGAGGAGACACAUUUACUCAUUCCUUGAAUGAGUUUUCUUCUUGUGUUUUACAGCACAGCCACGCCUCCUUCGCAGCGGCUGGUGAUCAUGUUGGCAAUUUCAGUCCAGCUGUCCAUGUGAGGGUUAUAAACUUCAACAGAGUCAGAGGUUACUGGAGCAGCAAAAUCAGGACUGGGAGCUCGGCCUCCUGAGGCAUAGAGAAGUCCAUUCACCGCCACAACACAGACACCAGCUCUUGGAAUCUUCAUYGAUGCAACUUCAACCCACUUUUCCUAACAAGGUGAAAGAUAAAGAAAUAGUGUUAGGGCAAGCCCCGAUUCUGAUAAAGUAACUUUUAAAACUUAAGGAGUGAAACAUAUACAAAGAACACUGUGUAUACACUUYACAGACUUAAAYSUGGUAUGUGUACAGUAUCAAGAGGAAUAUCAAGCCAGGAAUGACAACACUUUCAGGAAAGGUCCCAAUCGUGUUGGAGCAGAUCCCAUACUGUCUGUACACAACACCCCUCCCUUUCUUCAGUCACUGCAAGAUGCARUCUCCAAAAUAGAGAACAGUACAGUUUGAGG